AUGGCAUCAAAAAUCAAGUUAUCCUUUCUUCUAUUUCUUGCCAUGUUCAUGUGUACUUCAGAAGGAGAAUUCGAUCACCCCAAAAAGUCCAAAAUGUCAUUAUAUUUUCAAGAUUUCACCAGUGGACCAAAUGCCACUGUACUACAGGUCAUUCCUCAGCCAAAUGGACCUCUUAAUUUCUCCAAAUUUGGAACCAUUUUCGUCACGGAUGAUCCAAUAACGAAAGGGGUCGAGAGGAGUUCGGCCGAAGUUGGACGAGUCCAAGGUAUGUAUGUAACGUCGGCUUUAGAUGGGUCUAAUACUCAUGUCCUAGUAUCGAUUGUCUUCACUAAUGAGGAGUACAAAGGCAGUACUCUUGAACUACAAGGACGCAGUGCUCAGUUUGAUGAGGUAAGAGAAGUGGCAAUUGUGGGCGGUAUCCCAACUUACACCAGAUUAAAUCCUGAACCUCCAAAACCCAUGCCCCUAGAACCUUGGAGGGAGUAA